AUGUACAGGGCGGCAGUGGCCUUGGUGGGAGAGGUAUGGAAGGGAGCUAAGCUGAAAGCGGUGGACAAAAAGGAUCUACCUAUGCGUCCGCGAGCACGUGUCUGGCUCCCUUCCGAACCCUCUACCUCAGAGGAAAUGGAGGAAAUCCUCCGGUACUGCAACCCGAAACUCCCCACGCACAACUGGAAGGUGGUUAUGGUGGAGAAGACCGAGAGAUCAUAUCGGCGAGCGCUGAUUCUGCUGAAUGCAGAGUCUCUCGGCCCUCUUGCUGAAACAAAGGGGGUUAUCAGCUAUGGUUUCGAAAAGGUAGUCCUUAGGGUCUACCAAAGCGAUACCAGAGCGGAUGCCUCUGCUCAUCCGGAGGUGCGGGAGGAAGAAGGGCCCACAGUUGAGGAAGCUCCUGUGGACAUGGAGAUAGACUCCGUCACGUCGGAGGCUGACAGUGUUGGUGACGCUCCCUCACGACCAGGCAAUGAAGACAUUGUGACUGUGAGCCUAGAGGGCCCUGCGGGGAAGCUAUGGCUGAUGUCGGCAUAUAUGGCGCAUGAGGACGAGGUGGAGCCACCUCCAAUGAUGCUGAGGGAAGCCCUGGCUGAAGCGAGACGCAGGAAAACCGGCGUAAUUGUAGGGACGGAUGCUAACUCCCACCAUACCUGUUGGGGAAGUUCCAACAUAAAUGCAAGAGUUAUGAGACCGAAAGAGAAAGGAUUGUCAGAUGACGACAUUGAGAGGAUUGUUAACUUUGAUUGGGAUGCCUCUUCUGACGACGAAAGUGAUGACGAGAUGGAUGACAUUUCUGCAGUGCUAGAGAAGAAUUUGGAAGGGAUCGUGCAAAGAGGGGAAACUAUAGAGAUUGACCUUCUCGAAAAUAUGAUUGCAGAAGAAUGUGAGCCGAAAUCUUGUGUGGCUAAUAAUUGCUUUGAAAAAGUUGACCCCAAGACACUAAAGUGGGAAAAAAGGCCAUUUGCACCUUUGGAGACCAGUUGGGAAGAAAAUACUUUGAAGGUCGACGAUGUGAUGAUGCCAGUAGAAUAUUUCUGCACUUUUUUUAGUAGCCAAGUUUUUGAUUUGAUCACACAACAAACAGAUUUAUAUGCGCUGCAAGAACACGGCAUUGAGCUCAAAUGCACUGUUGAAGAUAUUAAACGCUAUAUUGAUUUAAAUCUUACCGCUAUAACAGAUUCAAUGCCGCGCGGAAAGUUUGAAAAAAUAAAACAAUGUUUACAUUUCAACGAUAACACUAAACAAUCCAAAAAAGGCGAUUUGAACUAUGACAAGUUGUACAAAAUACGUCCUUUACUAGACAGUCUCAAAGAAAAUUUUGGAAAGCUACCCCAGGAAGAACAUCAAAGCAUUGAUGAACAAAUCAUUGCGUUCAAAGGUCGAUCGUCAUUUAAACAAUACAACCCUGCUAAGCCUCAUAAGUGGGGUCUGAAAAUGUUUACGCGUGCUGGAACCUCUGGAUUAGUGUACGACUUUACGUUGUAUGUUGGUGAAGGUACCUGUCCUGCUUAUGGAUUGGGCCUAUCUUCGGAUAUAGUUUUAUAUUUGGCUAAAGGUCUUCCUAAGGACAAACAUUUUAAGCUUUAUUUCGAUAAUUGGUUUACGUCAGUAAGCCUUCUGAUCUCGUUGAAAGAAAUGGGCAUAUUUGCAACAGGAACUGUACGUAAAAACCGCAUAAGCAAUUGCCAACUACUUUCAGAUGCUGAGUUAAAAAAGCGUGGAAGGGGAUCUUUCGAUAUGAAAUGUGAAACCAACAAUAAUAUUGCAUGCGUCAAGUGGUUUGACAAUAAGCCAGUUCAAAUUAUAUCUUCGUGUGAAAGCAAUGAACCUGUUGGUAUAUGCAAACGUUGGAAUCCAAAGGAAAAAGCUUAUAUUGAUGUUGCAAGACCUGCGAUUGUUGCUUCUUACAAUAAGGAACUCCUUGAAAUAUUGCAUGUUGGUGUUUCAAUUGCUUGCAUGUUCAAUGCCAAUUUCAAGGCGGAAUGUGCUGUGUGGCCGCCAUCAAGUAAUGUAGCUGCAAUACCGGAAGAAGCAAGUGCCAAUGCGAUUUUUCGUUCCGACCGAAUCGUUGCCAAUAUCAAUUAA